UUAUCCCGUAUGUGACAUGGAGAAUGGCUGGCAGACGUAUCACAUCCACUGCAACGAAUGUUACAAGAGACACUGCAACGAACCUGUCGGAUGCGUGAUGACUGCCUGUGGGCGUGGCUGCAACUCAAUCCUUCAUUCCUGCAAGUUGGAAGACCACAAUCUCAUCUGUCCUAGAGUCAAAGUAGCCUGUUUGAAUGCUCUGUACGGCUGUCCCUGCGUGAUAGAAAGAGAUAAAAUGAGUGAUCAUCUAUUGAAGUGUCCAGCUGCUUUGGUUUGCACUCAAGGAUGGAGUCGAUUUCCAUCUCGUUCUACAACACGGUAUCCUCCCUAUAAUAAGGACACGUUAGACUGGUCGUUGGCAAUGAGGGAUGAGAUGCAAUUGAAUUCGCGUGGCAGCUGUGGUUCGUCAGUGAAACGAUUUCCAAGUUUGGUGCCUGAUUUUGAUCCUGAUGUGCGUUGGGAUGAGCUGGUGAUGCCAGUUGGAGAGGAAGACGGGGGAGAAGAGGGAGAUGAGGGGGAGGAGAGAGGAAAUGUGGAUGAGGUUGUUGUGGCACCACCAGAUGAAUUUAGUGUUUGUGAGGAAGAGUGUGAAGGAGACGAGGAGAAUGCUGUGGGAGAUGAUGCGGAUGUGGUUGAGCAAACAGAAUGUGUUGAUGUGCGUCACAUGAAAGUAGAUCUGGCAGUCACUCGUGUACCUCUUUACAUUCCCACCAGACACACACUUCACCAGUUUUCGUGUCGCCAGUGUUUUAGGCGAGACGAAAUCCACAGUCACCAUGACAACAUUCACAAUAACAUUAUUUGUCAUCUUGGUGUUUGGAUGGACAUUCGUUGUCCUCUACAUCUUUAUGGAUGCUCAUUUACUAGAGCAAAUCUUAUUCCUUUCACCUCACAUGGUGGGAGGAUUGUAUUCAAUAAAGAGUUCUCUAGUUUUGCACUUCGAACGUUGUCUUCUGUUGAAGUUGGGGCAUUGAGUGACAUGGAUUUGUUGAGCUCUCUUCCUGUUGAGAUUGUUCUUGUCAUUUAUGAUUAUCUGGAUAGUUUCAGCUUGAUGAGUGUGGCUUCAACUUGUCAUCGUCUCAGGGAUGUUAGCUGUAAGAUUCUGACGCAACGUGGUGUUGUUGAAAUUGUGUGGCAGAAAGAUGAGAGCAAAGGCAAAUGGCAAGAUCACGAGAAGCAUUGGUACUUUUCUACAUCAUUGUCUCAAAUUCAAUGGACCUUGUCUGACGAAGAACUCAUUUGCCAGCAUUUACUUAACUGUGAAUAUCACAAACAACAAAUAUCUGAAAGAGAUAUGGACGAACGAUUACAUUUGCCCGGACUCAAUCGCAGGUCAUUUGAGCAACUGGCAGCGACUCUACAAACACAGAACGUGCGUGAAUCAUAGGUUGGCAGCUAUGAUUGGCAGUCUUUGCUUUAGAGCGUCCACAAGUCUUUUCCUGGAGAGAAAAAGUUGCACAACAUUUAUAGAUCAGAUCGGAUAUAUUUGUAUUGUUUAGGUUUGUCUUACUUAAUAAUAUUAAUUAAUUAUUUCUGUGUAAUUAAUUAACUUAAAGAGAUGACACAAUUGGUGUGCUGACACAUGAGAUACGACUAAGUGCAUUUUUGUAAGUGAGU